UGUUGCUGCUUGCUGCAACGACCACUCCCACCCACCUACAUCUCAUCCCCUCUUCCCCCUUCUUCCGGGUGUAGCCAUCAUGGCUCCCACGGUCUCUGACGCUCUGCUCGAUGCCGAGCUCACGUUCUCCUCGCCGCCGUUCAGCACGCUCGUUGACGCGCGCGUGCUCCGCGCGCUCGCGGACCUCAAGUUCGCCCACCCGACCCUAGUGCAGGCCAAGGCGAUCCCCCUGCUUCUCGAAGGCAAGGACGUGCUUGCCCGUGCACGCACAGGCAGCGGAAAGACAGCAGCAUACCUCGUCCCCGCUGUCCAGCGCGUGCUCGAGCUCAAGGCCGCCACGACGCCCGCCUCACCAGACUACCAGGCGACACGGGCGGUCGUCCUCGUCCCCACUCGCGAGCUUGCGAUCCAGGUCACAACCCUCGUCAAGGCCCUCUCGACGUACUGCGAGGGCCUGAUCUCCGUCGCCAACGUCGCGGCCGGCGGUGCUAGCGUUCAACGCGUUCUGCUCAACGACAACCCCGACAUUGUCGUCGCCACUCCGACCAAGCUCUUGUCGCUCCUUCAGUCCAAGAGCAUCGACCUCUCCCACCUCGCCUUCCUGGCUAUCGAUGAGGCCGACCUGCUGCUCUCCUACGGCCACAAGGAUGACCUGAACCGCAUCAUGGACCCUGCGAUGGGCUACGUUCCCAAGCUCGGCGUUCAGGGAUGCCUCAUGAGUGCUACGCUCAGCGAGGAGGUCGAGGGUGUCAAGGGAUUGAUACUCCGCAACCCCGCCAUCCUCACCCUCUCCGAGCCCGCCACAUCAUCUUCUCUCCUCACACAACACUUCACCUACACCUCGGAGCGCGACAAGUUCCUGCUCAUCUACGUCCUUCUCAAGCUCAAGCUCAUCAAGGGCAAGUCGAUCAUCUUUGUCAACGACGUCGAGCGCGGCUACCGCGUCAGGCUGUUCCUGGAACAGUUUGGCGUCAAGUGCUGCGUCGUCAACUCUGAGCUGCCCCUCGCCAGUCGAUACCACGUCGUCGAGGAGUUCAACCGCGGUGUCUACGACGUCGUGGUUGCCACCGACGAGGCUGCCCUCGGUGACGACGAGGAGUCAGAUGAGGAGGAGGAGGCUGAGGAGGAGGCCGAGGAGAAGGACGAGGAGAAGGACGAGGCCGAAGCUGAGCCUGAAGCCGGCCCAUCAAAACGUCGUGCCUCGUCACCUGCCGGCGGUGCCCCCGCCAAGCGGAGAAGAGGACCUGGCAACUCGAUGGCGCGUGGCAUCGACUUCACCGCCGCCUCCUCCGUCAUCAACUUUGACCUCCCCACCACCCCCACCGCCUACCUGCAUCGCGUGGGCCGCACCGCGCGUGCUGGCCACUCUGGUCUUGCGCUGUCCUUUGUCGUGCCCCGCGAAAAGUGGGGCAAGGACAAGGGUGUGCUUCUCAAGACUGCCGAGCGCGACGAGGCCGUCUUUGAGAAGAUCAAGGCGCGCGUCAAGGCCGAGGGCGGCGCAGAGGUCAAGGAGUGGGACUGGGGAGGACGGCGCGGGGAGAUCGAGGGCUUCCGGUACCGUAUGGAGGACGCGCUGCGCUCCGUCACCGCCAAGCGUGUUACGGACGCGCGCCGCGAAGAGGUCCGCCGCGAGCUGCUCAACUCGGAGAAGCUCAAGCAGCACUUUGCCGCCAACCCUCUCGACCUCGCAUACCUGCGCCACGACGCGCCCCUGCACCCCGGCCGCACGGCGAGCCACCUCAAGCACGUCCCGGGCUACCUCAUGCCCAAGAUUGCUGCUAUCCCCGCCGGCUCGGGCGACGUGACCGACAACCAGCACAUUGGCUUUGCGAAGCGCGGCCGUGGAGGACACCGCGGGCGUGGUGGAGGACGUGGAGGCGCGUCGAGGGGCAAGGGCAAGAAGGUCGACCCGCUCAAGUUCAAGGCUUAGAUGGUGUAGUGUAAGCUCUUGUAGACUACCUGUAUUUUAUGCCACACAUAAUCAGAG